AUGCCUCCUCCGCUUCCCUCCCACCACCGCGGGAUGACCGCAAACCCGCUUAAGCCUGUCGGUCGGUACCGACCAGGAAAGGCGGUCGCCGAGGAGGACUCAUCUUCCGAAGAAGAGGAGGAGGACGAUGUUGAGGCGCAACAAGAAGCAGAAAUAAGACGACAGGCCGAAGCGCGACUCCGACGACAGCAAGCUCCCAAGGCCAGCUCAUUCCCUGCAGCGGCGGUACCCAAGCUCGAAGAACAAGAAGAUGACGAAGAAGGAUUCGUCACUGAGGAUGAAGAGGACGACGAGCCCGCGCCCGCAAAAGCUCCGCAAAAAGCUGCACCAGCAGUACAACCCGACACCCCAGAAGUUUCAGCGCCUAAGAUCACACCUGUAGCCAAGGCACAGGAAAGCGAAGAAGAAUCAGAGGAAGAAGAGGAGAGCUCGGAAGAGGAAAGUAGCUCAGAGGAUGAGGCGCCACGGAGGAUGCUCAUUCGACCUACGUUCAUUAAGAAAGACAAGAGAGGCAAUGCUGCCGGACAAGAUGCCGGCGCACAAUCACAACCAGCUCCCGGUGCGACAGACCCCGCAGCAGAUGACGAGAAGCGUCGAGCACAGCGUCAGGAGAAAGCAGAUCAACUAGUACGGGAUCAACUCGAGAAGGAAGCCAUUGCGCGCUCUGCUGGAAACCGGGCCUGGGAUGACGAUGAACUCGUGGAGGCCGACGAGGAGGAAGCAAUUGAUGAUCGCGACGGCCUCGACCCAGAAGCAGAAUACGCGGCAUGGAAAUUACGAGAAUUGAAGCGCGUCAAACGUGAGCGCGAAUCAAUCGAAGAAGCCGAGAAGGAACGCGAAGAAAUCGAGCGACGCCGCAACCUCACCGCAGAGGAGCGAGAUGCCGAGGACCGCGAGUUCAUAGCGAAGCAGAAGGAGGAACGAGAUGCCACGCGCGGCGAGACUGGAUUCAUGCAAAAAUAUUUCCACAAGGGUGCUUUCUUCCGCGACGAUUUGGAGCGCGAGGGAAUUGAUCAGCAGAACGUGAUGGGUCGGCGAUUUGCAGACGACGUCAACCGCGAAACGCUUCCUCAGUACAUGCAGAUUCGCGAUAUGACCAAGCUUGGAAAGAAAGGUCGGACUCGUUACCGUGAUCUCAAGUCUGAGGAUACAGGUAACUUUGGCGAGGGUUACCAGAAUCGACGACGAGAUAAUGCUCCACCGAUUGGCGUUACAGACGAGCGAUUCAUGCCUGAUCAGGGCGAUUCCCGUGGGCCUCAGGGACCGACAGGAGCCAAUGCCAGUGCGGUCCGCUCGAGGCGCAUGUCCAGAUCUAGAUCACGCUCUCCACGACGAGAUCGGUCUAGAGAGCGGCGGAAACGCAGCCCCUCGCCAUAUGAAGAUCGGGACAAGCGCCGGCGCGUGGAGAGUUCUUCAUGA